ACGUGAACGUCACACAGAUCAUGUGACGACAACCAGGAAGUGGACUGAGUGUCAACAGUACAACGUGUUAAAAGCUAGAGAUGGCCUGUUCAGAUUGGCACCUGUCACUGAAGCUGGUGGAUCAGCCCAAAUCCACCUUCCACUUCCCAGAAAUGAUGCCAGGGGACGUCCCUCCCGGAGGAUACAGAGUGGCCACCUUAAAACAGCUCGUUGCUGCUCAACUCUCUGACUCUAUUCCUGACCCUGAGCUAAUAGAGUUGGUUCAUUGUGGGCGAAAACUCAAAGAUGAGCUGACACUGGAUGCCUGUGGAGUUCAGUCAGGAUCGACCUUACACAUUCUAAAAAAGAUGUGGGCAGAACCAGAAAGCAAUCCAGAGCCGGUAAACAAAGCAAAUGCCGCCAGGGAGUUUAGAGUGUUUCAUGCUGCUCUUCACUCUCUAAAUUCUGCCUACAGAGACUCGGUGUAUAAAAUGCUGACAAACAAAGAGUCUCUGGAUCAGAUUAUUGUAGCUACACCAGGCCUGAAGUCAGACCCAGUAGCCCUUGGAGUGCUCCAGGAUAAAGAUCUCUUCGUGCAGUUCACAGACCCAAACAUGCUGGACAUAUUGAUCGGUUCACAUCCAGCUCUGGUCAACGCUAUCAUCUUGGUCCUGCACUCGGUGGCGGGCAGUAUGCCCGCCCAGUCCAGCGCCAGCUCCUCGCGCAACGUCUCCGCCAGUUCUUACAGCGACAUGCCAGGAGGCUUCAUGUUUGAAGGCAUGUCAGACGAUGAAGAAGAAUUCCAGUCUGGAAGCCCGGCCGGUCCCUCCAACAGAGGCGGGCUCUCAGCGGGAAUACGGCCGGUGUCUCUGGGCCACAGUGGAGCAACCGGCCCGCGACCCAUCACACAGAGCGAGCUGGCCACGGCUCUGGCCCUCGCCAGCACCCCGGACAGCAGCGCUGUCACCCCGACAACGGCCAGUCAGUCGGACCCUUCCAGUGGUGUAGCCCCCAUGCAAGCCGGGACACCAGUCAGCAACGAUCUCUUCAGCCAGGCUCUACAACAAGCUCUGCAAGCCACUAACAUGUCCACCCUACAGGGCCGCUGGCAGUCCCAGAUGCAGCAGCUCAGGGACAUGGGGAUCCAGGAUGAGGACCUGAUGCUGAGGGCGCUGCAGGCCACAGAUGGUGACAUUCAGGCUGCCCUGGAGCUCAUAUUUGCUGGCGGCGCAGGACUCUGAGCCCACAUUCCAUGGACAGACCGUCCUGUCAUGGAGAGAGGAGUGAAAAGCCGGCCUAUAGUUUUGCCCCCAAACAAAAAGGAAGUUAGACUAUAGCUUCUCCACAGCUGACUUACAACAUUUUUCUUAUUAACUUCAUUCACUUUAUAAUAAAGCAGACAUUGUCAACAUCAUCUAUGCCUUAAAUGUAUUAUUUCUUGUUUUGUUAAAACCACCAGCUUGGUCUGAGAUGAUGGCUGCAGCUGUUUACAGUGUAAAAUGCUUCAGAAUUUGGCUUUACGUUUUACAGGGACAAUUAAAGCAUCUUAAAGGUGGAAUUUCAAU